CUUCGCCUUAGACGCCAACAGGUACGCUACGAGGGCGCACGUCGCUGUCAGCCGGCUCGUGUUUCAGAACACUCCAGGCAUAUUUCUGUGCUCCGGGGCCAUUCGCAGCUCUUUCUUUGAAUUGCUUCUACGGGGAUGUGGAACCGUCCGCAGUCAGCCAACUCCCGCCAAGAGGCGGACAUGGUGAACAAGGCGCGGCGACAGUUGUCGGCCGCAAAGGACCCCGUGGACAAGCUGCGCCUACUCUGCCUCUCCAGGGGCACCACGGGAAUCCUCGGCCUCGGCAGAAUAUUUCGUCGCAUGGAUGACGACGGCAGUAAGACGCUGAACCUGGAAGAAUUUACAGAGGGCAUGAAUGAUACCGGUAUGGAGCUGUCAAAAGAAGAGGUCGAAGAUCUCUUCAAGCGAUUCGACAGGGAUGGCAACGGUAGCAUCAACAUGGACGAGUUCCUUAUCGCCAUACGGCCUCCAAUGUCAGCAUCUCGCCUCAAAGUAAUUGAUGAGGCAUUUAAGAAAUUGGAUCGCACUGGAGAUGGUGUAAUCACUUUGGAAGAUCUGAAAAAUGUCUACAGUGUGAGAAACAACCCCCGUUAUAUUAGUGGUGAGGAGACUGAGGAACAGAUUCUUACAAAGUUUCUCAACAACUUUGAGACCGAUGAUGGUUCUCGAGAUGGCAAAGUAACCAAGGAAGAAUUCAUUAAUUACUAUGCAGGAAUAAGUGCAUCUAUUGACAGUGAUGCAUAUUUUGAUUUAAUGAUGCGUCAGUCUUUUAAACUGUGAACUGAACAUUUAACUUCACAAAAGUUAAACCAAUGUAUGUUUAUGUUAUCCCACAAAGUAAGUGUGUCAAACUUUCCUCUCAUCAAUUUAAAGAGAACCAAAUUUAUUAAAUUUUACACCUACUAUGUUUAACAGAUAAAGUGUUUUCCAAUAAUAAACAUUGUAUCUAUAAUAAUUAAACUUCAAAAUUUUCUCAACAAUGUGUGAUUUGUUGAGUUUACUUCAUAUCCUGCAUUUACUGAAAAUACACGAAUUUUUCUUUGUCUUAUUUGAACGUUUUGGUACUUUUAUGCACAAAAUUGAGAUACUUCUAUGUUGUUGGCAGUUAUGCCGUGAAAAGAAAGAUGAAAAAUGUUAAAUAAAAGUUUUUCUGUGGCCUGGUUAAUAAGAUGUACCUCAGGGUAGCUACAAUCAUUUCUCAGGUUGCCUUGCAAGUUGUAAAACAGCCAUUUUUGCUGGUAUUGUAUCAUCUCACUGCACUGCUCUACAAAAGAAUAAGUUGCUAAGAAAACAGAAUAAAAUUUGAUUCACACACAUCUUCAAAAUAUGAGUUACUACUCAAUCUGUGUGCAAUGUGCCAUGAUUAAUAGUGGAUAUCUUUUGUAGUAAGUUCUGUUACAUAUUUAUCACAGUUGUUAAAGUCAUCAGCAAUUGCUUCAUUCUCUCAUACUUUUGGCAAAAGUGACUAUGAGCUACAUCCAUUCUUCAGAGUUCUCAUGUUAAAUAUAUGACAAUCUGUGGUGACAGUGAAAACUUGCAGAAUGGUGCAAUAAACUGACAAAUAUAAAAACAAGUUUAAACAGGCAGACCCUGAGUGGUAAUACUAUCAAGUGAUAUGGUUACUCUUAAAGGUACAUUUAAUAAAUCUGUGAACCAGUUAUCAGGACAAUGUUUAUUAAAAUACUGAUAAUUACAGGAUUUCAAGAUUCUUAAUCACACACAAUUUUGGCAUUAUGUGUGGACUGAGAUUUAUGACACUGCCUUGCUAUUUUCUAUUAAGUCUGGUAUAGAGUUAUGAAAGAUGACGAAGUGGAAAUAAAUAUUAUCAUUGCUGUGUCUUAAGAUUUUGCUUUGAUGGAUGUGUAACUUUAUACGAAACUAAUGUACAGAGUUUCUGCAACUGUAGCAGUAAACCAAGAGUUACUAUUUGUUGAUUUCCUACUAUGAGUGUUACCAAAAUGUUACUUACACUAGCUUAAUUAGGUUAACUUUGUUGUCAGCUAUUUUGUAACUGAAAUUUGCAAAUGAAUAGAAAGUCUCUGAUAAUAUAUUAAUGUCCUAUUUAUUGUGCUUGUUUGUUGUGCUUGUUAUAUAUAUGUUGUAAUUUAUUACAUGAAAAUAAAAAUAGU